AUGUUUCAAGGAGCUGUGAUUUGGAAGUGCUUAUUUGAAGGCGGUUCGUGUUAUCCAGAGGUCGACGUAGCUGGACAUCUAUUGAUUCCUUACUCGCGCCGGACUCCGCUGCAGCAAAAUUUAUACUGCUCCAAGUUAAAAGAUUUUUUUACAUACCCUGUAGCAAUGAUGUUUCCACCUAUACUAGGCCGUGUAACUAGCGGCAUCUUACCCGGUUUAGAAGCCAUUGCGUGUCAUGAUCGAAAGCCAGAUCCAAACGCAAUCCCCGGAGGCGGCUCGACUUCUCUUGAACGUGAAAGGAACUUUGAUGUCUACUUCAAAAACAAUCUGGAACCCGGGUCCUUCCACAAGAUACCCGACUAUCUUGUUCAACAUGUACAAAGACACGGCUUCCUAAACAGUCACGAGAUCGAGCAUCUUAUCAGCUCUAUGGUGUAUUUGGAAGAAGCAACUGACGACAUCAGGCAAGAUUAUUGCGAAGCUCGAAUCAUGCUUCGAUACAUUUACACGAUGUUACGUUCAGAAGAUCCCGAAGUCAUUGCUCACAGGGAAAUCUUGAAGCGUCAAGAAAAGGAGUCACGCAAACGUUACAAACGUUAUAAGCGCAUGGUUCGAGAAUAUCAAGAUGACACCGGGCUUCUGUGGGCACUAAUAGCUCAGGAGAUUAAACGCACCUGUGAUGUGGAAGAUGCUGCUGCUGCGAAUAGAAUGGAACCUGAUGCCGCCGCGCCGCCCUACACCCAUACGCCUUAA